AUCAGUUUAUUCACUUCACACUUCCCUCUUUGUUUGGCCAGCCAAGAGCACACAGCGAGAGAGAGAGAGCAAGAGAGAUUUCUGCGAGAGGUUUCUCCAAACAGUGCCCGAGUACAAGAUUUUAUGUCGUCUAGGUUUGAUUUGGCAGUGAUUGGAGCUCCGUUGAAGCUCUGUGUUUUGUCUGCUACCUUGCUCUUCUUGUUCUCUGUGUGCUCUGCUAUCCGCUGUAUGCUUCUCUGUUCUUCGAGGCAGAGGUUGAAUCUGGUGUACCCAACGGCUUCGAUGCGUUUGAGACCCAAAAGGACUUGUUCUGGAGUUGAGUGUUUCGGAGGCUUUCACAAUAUAAGAUUCUCACACCUUUUCAUAUUUCUGAGAGGGGAUCUCACUUGAUAUUUGUUAUCUCUUUGUUGGGUUUUCCAUUUUUGUUCUCUCUCUUGAAUUUGUUUUGAUUUCCUUCGCAAUUUUCCGGGUAUUUUGAGGGGUUUUUGGUGGGUUUUCCCAAAUUUUUGUCUCCACCAUGCUCCAACCUCGGAAUCAGCCGUCGAAUCAGACGAUGAACAUCAACAAUCUCUGCAAAAAGAUGAAGCAUAAGCAAAACCCCAUUCCAUCGAGAAAGCUUCGCAUAAUCUGUGACGACCCUUACGCCACAGAUUCGUCUUCCAGCGAAGACGAAGGAGAAGGACGUUUCGAAAGGCGGCCGAGAAAGAUGAAGCGAAUCGUUCGUGAGCUCACUCUUCCUCUUUCAUCUGCCCUGUCUAAAUCCACUGAAACCGAAAGCUCAUUUCAGGAAAGCAACAAUGGAGUCAUCAAGUCCUCCUCCAAGUUCGCUGAUGGUCAAACCCAGAACAAGAAGAGGGUUUUUACCAAAACCCCAUCAACAAAAGCUCGUCUUCUUCAAGAUUCAGAGGCGUUCGACAGAGAAAAUGGGGUAAAUGGGCUGCUGAAAUUCGUGAUCCAUUUAAAGGUGUUCGUAUCUGGCUUGGUACUUAUAAUACUGCACAGGAAGCUUCUCAAGCCUAUGAAA